CAUUUUGUUGCAAGGGUUGUAGACGUACAUACAUUGAUUGCACGUUGAUUUUAUGCAUUGAACUUAAUAGCAUCAACAGGUAUCUUGUUAAGGUAGAGUCGCCUUGUACUAAAUGAAGGUUAGAGAAUGGGUUUUGCUGCUGUCACUGUUGUGUUGGUUGUGAUAGUUGUGGUGGUGGCCGUUAUUUUGCAAUUGUUUAAUGCCGCUGACAGCAGGAAGCCAGAUAAACUGACUACACACUUCAACCAGACGUAUGAUUACAUCAUAGUUGGGGCUGGUUCCUCCGGUUCUGUGCUGGCCGCUCGACUCUCGGAAGAUGCUGGUGUACGAGUCCUCAUUCUCGAAGCAGGUGAUGACGACUGCAAUAAGCCAUUGCUCGACAUUCCAUUGGCUGCCAUAACCUUUCAGCACUCAAACAUAGACUGGGACUAUUACACAACAUCACAGAAACACGCAUGUGGUGCAUCAAAAGACAAGAAAUCAUUCUGGCCAAGAGGGAAGAUUCUUGGAGGCAGCAGCCAGUUAAACUUCAUGCUCUAUAUUCGAGGCAAUCACCAUGACUACGACAAGUGGGAAGCCAGUGGUUGCAAGGGAUGGGGCUAUGAUGAUGUUCUGCCAUACUUCAAGAAAUCUGAGGACAUUCAAGUAGAAAGUUUGAAAACUUCGGAUUACCAUGGUCAGAAUGGAAAUCUUAAAGUGACAGUGACUCAGACGAGCUCCCUCGUUGACAAGUGGCUUGAAGCGGGACAAGACCUGGGGUAUGAGACCACAGAUCCUAACGGAAAGAAUCAAGAAGGGUUUACUCGUGUUCAGACGACGAUCGUAAAUGGUAAACGUUGGAGCACAUCAAAGGCGUUUCUGUGGCCUGCCAUGGACAGGGAGAAUCUCCACGUGGUCGUAAACGCGCACGUUACAAAGGUUUUAAUAAAAGAUAAACAAGCCACUGGGGUACAGUUUUUCAAAGAUGGUCACUCUCACACAGUGGAAGCAACAAGGGAGGUAAUUCUGUCGGCAGGAGCCAUUGGAUCUCCUCACAUUCUCAUGCUUUCUGGAAUAGGACCCAGAAAACAUCUGGAGGAGUUAAAGAUUGACGUUGAAGCCGACUUGCCAGUGGGUGAUAACCUGCAAGACCACAUUCUGACCAUCCUGAGGACCAACACAGAUCAACUGGUUUCCAUCAGACCAGAGGUCAUCAACUCAACUCAAACAGUUCUAGAGUAUUUUCUCUUCAGUAAAGGUUACUUAACAUCCCCCAUGGGUGUUGAGUGUUUGGCGUUUGUUCGAACUGAUCCUGCUAUAGAGGAGGGGAACCCAGAUAUGCAGUUCCAUGUGUCCGUGAUGCGUCUGUCGCAGGAUCUCGCCAAUCAUCUAAAUCUAGAACUUGAGGUUUACCGCAAGCUAAAAUGGCUUAACGAGGAUGGGUUUGCAGCAUAUCCCACUCUACUCCGACCCAAAAGUAAAGGAACAAUUCGUCUAAACUCAACUGAUCCAUUCCACUAUCCAAUAAUUGACCCGAACUACCUCUCUCACCCAGAAGACUUACUGACGUUAUUAAAAGGUGUCCGGAAAUACCAGAAGUUGUUGACGACCAACACGAUGAGAAAGAUGGGAGCCCGACUACAUCCGAUUGUCCACCCUCUGUGUACUGACCACGUGGCCGACUCUGACCAGUACUGGACGUGUUUCAUCCGCGCGAUGACCUUCACUGUCUACCAUCCAGUGGGGACAUGCAAAAUGGGGGCAGCGGAGGACCCCACGACAGUCGUUGAUCCCCAUCUGAAAGUGAAGGGGAUUUCUGGUCUGCGUGUGGUCGACGCUUCAAUCAUGCCGACCAUCAUCUCAGGCAACACAAACGCUCCGUGCAUCAUGAUAGCAGAGAAGGCUGCGGACAUGAUCCGAGGAAUAAAAACUGUUUAACUUACUUUAACUAUUUUCAUUACUUCUUUUCCAGUCAGAGGAGCUGCUCACCAAACUAUUAGUGUGAGUCUAGAACCAAACUUCAUACACACCAAGUCAUAAUCUUUAGAGUUUUUCCUGUCAUUGUGAGUCUAGAUCCAAACACACACACUCAUAAUCAAACAUCUUUUAGUGUUUUCUGUAGCAGGUUUUAGCAUGGCGUGGCAUCAUACCUCACUAGUCUGGCACCAUGUUGCCCUGAUCAGUGCCAUGUUGCCCCUAUCAGCGCCAGGCUGUCUUUUUAGUAAUUUAGUCACUUUGUUAAAGGUCACAGUCACGUGACAGAUAUGUGAAAGGUGAGACAUAAUAACACUGGUCCAACUGGAGGAGACUAUAGGUUUCAUCUCCGUCCUUCUUGUCCAUUUUGUGUAUAUCUUUAUUACGUACUGUUACAGAUCAAGUUUGACUUUCAUGGUGAUUUACCCAUUUUUCACAGUUAUGGUCCUUGAAUUUAGGAGAUAACAAACAAAAUUUGGCCUGGUAGAGGCAUAUGUAUUGCUUUAGCAGUACUCUCAGAAUGCUUGCUCAACUGACCUGUUGUAUUUCCUCUAUAGUAAGGUCAUUUCUCUCAAAGAUGUUAAAAUGACUUGCUAAUUACACAUUUUAAAAGGGAGUUCGAUCUGGGGUUUGUUUUGUACAUUAAAGAUAAAUGAUGUGCUUCUCACCUACCAGUAUUCAGAAUUAAAUUGGUGCAGACUGAAUGAAUGAAUGAAUGAAUGAAUGAAUGUUUAAUGACACCCCAGCACGAAAAAUACAUCGUCUAUUGGGUGUCAGACUAUGGUAAAGGGAAAACUAAAGUGAUGAGCAACAUCAAUAUAAAAAUUCAACAGUUAAAUAAAAACAGUGUAAAGAACUGCACAUAUAAAAAUAUCACAGAUAUAUAAAAUUAAAAUUUAGAAUAAAAGUCAGUGGUGCAGACUGAAGUUACUUCCCUUUAGUGUUUGAGUGUAACCAGGCUUUUUUCCCCUUCUUUUUCUUAGUUGUAAUAUCAACACCGUUUAAAUGCUAUUUUAAUAUAAUGCUAUUUUAAAACUGUAGAUCUUUACUAAAUUGUUACUCAAGUUUUUAAAUAUUAUUGCUUUACUAAACUUACAUGUGUCUGAAACUCCGGGUUGGUUGAGUGUGGUGAAUGAAAUAUUAGGAAAAGACUUACGUUGGUAGUAAACAUUAUUUCAGAAAACAAAUAUUAUCACUAUAAUGGCUUAUUGCUCAGACUGAUAAAAUAGUUUGGACUCACACCUUAUACCUUAUCCAAAAUAAUUAAUUAAUGGGGAGGCAGGGUGGUGGUGGAAAAACAACAGCCAAUACAAAUUAAUACUGCCAGAUAAAUAAGGCACUUUUAAAAAAGGAAUUUUUUCAUAGUUUGACCCCCAUUAGAUCUAGCUCUAAAUGUAUAUUUAAGUACCCAUCCCAUUUACCGGGUACACACCUUUUCCAAUUUCAAUUAGCUUGAAAAUUAAAACAGAAAUAUUAUAGUAUAAUAAUAUAUUUUUACACAUUUCCUAUAUGUAUUUUUACCUAGGUUUCAUUUUUUUUACAUUUAUAUUAUAACCAUAGAUACUUACAUUCUUAUGUACAUAAAGAAUUGUAUAUUUUUUAAUGAAUAAAAUACAUAUUUUUGCA